AGGUGGUCAUAAUGCACGUCCUCUGCCGCACGGUCUGCCGUGUGCUCUGAUAAAAGGGGAGUCGAUGUCGGAGCGGUGGAAACUCAGUGUGACACCAUGGCUGCUCUAAGGAGCUGCCCAGUCGGCUGUCUGGUGGUGCUCGUGGCAGGUGUGGUUGGAGCUCUUCCCGGCGGUGUUUCAGCGUUCGGUCAGGUGCACUUUUUCGACCUGGUUCGCUGGGAGGAGGUCGGGUGCCUGCCAGAGCAGUUCGAGCAGCACCUGCCACCGCCACUUUGGGUGAGGGUCAUCACGUGCCGCCGAGAGUCUGGGGUAGAUGCUGCCGGUCGGCCGCUCCGACCUGACGACUUCAGCCACGACCGGGCACUUUAUCUGCACUGCCUGGCAGAAAAACUGGGUAUCAUCCAUGACUCCGGCAUCAACUACGACAAGGUGGACGCCUUCCUGGACUCCCUUCCGGGUAACACCACCUUCAUCAGUCGCUGGAAGACCGCCGCGGAGCGCUGCAGGGCUGACGUGGACGCCUCCCUCACCGCAGCCCAGCAGGCGGUCUUCCUUCUCACCUGCCUCCGUCAGAGGAUGAUGUUGGACUGCGCCACCAAGACCGGUCAGAUCUGCCUCAGUACACAGUUCUACACUCCGCCCCGGCUCUCCGAGACCAUCCCGGGGUACCGCCGAUCGACGAUCACACGGCUUUGUCCGGCAGAGGUAGCCGCCAUGAGACUGAUACCCGAGGAAGGCAGCACGGCUCGCACCGACCUCUGCCCGCAACUGCUACAACAUGUGGAGGCUCUCGCAGCCUGCAUGCUGAGGAAGACGGGGCAGGCCAGUGGUGAGACGCUGAACCUGCCGGCAGUCAGGGAGGCGGUCCGACAGAGGGGUGAGGCCGGGGAUCAGUACGGAGCCGCCCAGCAGAUGGAGGUUCUGGAGCGGUGUCAGAGCGAGUCCGUGGAUGGUUUUGUGCGGUGCUGGGUGGCCAGUGCUCCCGAGAUGGCUAUCAAUAAUGUAGCGCAUCGGCAGGCGAUGGCACUAGAUUUCUGAUUUGUCUGAGGGCUUGCUUGUUUAAAAUUGGCGAAUAUGCCGAUAAUUUACGGCAAAACCUACGGAAAAGAUGUGAAUUAUCAACUGAACCUGUGCACGGUAAGGAAAGAAACCAUUGGCCAUUGUGGCCAGUGAUUCGAUAACCAUGUACCUACUGUUUGCUAUGGCGGAACUGCCGGCUGGCUGAAACGAAACAACUCACACAAAUACACCAUCGUAUCGCCUGAUGUUGUGUAUUGGCCUGCAUGCACGCUCCCCACAUCAACGGGCUUGUUGUUCCGUGCUCCCGCCAGGGAUCACUGGAUACGACCGUCCUCCAUUC